AGAGCGUAACGGCUAGUAACGGUCAGCUAGCGUGCUACGACAGUGAGUUUGCGGAUACAAUUGAAUGGGGAGAGCCGUCAAGUGACACCUACCUGUCGCAACAUUUUGUGUGACUUCUCUUAUAAAACAGAAAUUUUAUCGUAGUAAACUCCACACACAGUUAAUUCCAAAAGGACAUUUUAGUGUAAAACAUGUUAAAGAUUAGUGGACAGGCGGUAAAUUCAUUAAGUGAUGAGCUGUUUCCUCAGCACGCUAAAGCAUCUCUUCCAUAGACAUCUAUUCAAAAAGAACGGCCUCUUGACUCCUCGCCAGCGUACCGCCAUUUAAUGAUAGGAGCGCCUCGUUAUGCUGUUUGGGAACACUUUCUGAAGGGACUUUCUUAAUGGAUUAGAGGAGAGGGAUGAGCCCGUUGAAUAAAUGGAGGACAUGUCUGCUACUACUAAUGAAUAGUCUUUGUUGUAGAUACGGUAUUGAUGCCCUAUCUGCAACAAAACGCCAUGCUUCGCUUCUGUUUUUGAUUGUACUCAGCUGCAGCAGUACAGCAGGUGUAAAUGUUGUCGGUCAUGAUACAGCAGUCUUAAAUGGACAAAAUGCCACUUUGUUUUCUCAGCUGACUGAGACCAAAGAUAAUAUAACUAGUAUUGUAUGGCAGAAGAAGACACGAGAAGAUCCUGAAAAAAAGACAUUCUUUAUUAUUCGUCAAGAUGGCAAAACAGAACACAGAAAUGGUUUAGGGGAUAGGGUAAAAUUUAUUGGGAACAUUGCAGAGAAAAAAGGAUCGAUCCAGCUGGUGGAAAUGAGGAUCCUGGAUGAAGGAAUCUAUACUUGUAUCUUCAACCUAUUUCCUAGUGGGCCAUUUGAGACAAACAUCAAUGUUACAGUUCUUGUUCCUCCUGUGGUUAUCCUGACAGAAAAAGCACCUGUUGCUGGUAAUUUAGAAGUUACUUUGGCAUCAUGCUUCGCCUGCAAUGCACGACCUGCAGCAGAAGUAUUCUGGAGGUUAGGAGCUCUAAAUAACUCACUGAGAACUGAAACCAGCCAUACAGUCCACCCAAAUGGGACUGUUACUGUUGUGUCCAUCCUACUUGGUGUACCGGUCAAAUAUUUGAACCAGAGGAUGGUCCAAUGUGUUGCAAAACACAACACCCUGACCAAGGAACUGGACUACACAAUAAGCAUCCAUUAUCCUCCGGAAACAUUGAUGAUAUUUGCUGACAGUCCAACUGAAUUUCAUUGUAAAGUUGAUGGUAACCCAAUCCUGACCUACACUUGGAGUAGCAGAGAGAAUAAAAUCACUCCAUAUUAUGAGGGAAGCAAACUUCUUAUUCCCAGACUAUCCUCUGACUUUAAUGGCUUGUACAUCUGUAAUGCUUCAAACAAGUAUGGAAGCUCAUCAGGUUCCCUGUAUUUGCAUGUGCAUAUUGAAUCCAGCAUUAUCUGUUGGAGUCUGUUUGGUUUUGUCAUCUGCUCUGCUGUUCUUGGCAUUGUUGUUGUAUACAUAUUGAGAACGGGGCUGUGGGAUAUGAUUCAGAAUAGGAUUCGAGAAAUGCUUCCGGAUAGUAUUCAAGUACCUACAGAUUCCCUGAAUCCAGGAGAAGCACAGAGUGAAGAACUUCAAGAAAUGCAAGAGGAGGCAAGGUGAUGGUCAGGUUCAGCUGAUGCCAAGGUACCCUCGCUAAAUAUCAGUAAUGACUUCACUGGUGUGAUUUAUCAGUGAGAGGAAGGUUUGGUUGAUAAUCAUGGCCCAUUUAGCCCUUAGUCUUUGUUCAGACAGGUAGCAAGAAUCCAAUUUUUUUUUUUUCAUAUCCAUCUCAAAUCAUUGUUUCGUUUAUUUGUUGUAAACAUCUUUACAAACCUGAUCCAAAGCACAAUUAUUUGUGGUUUUGAAAUACUAUUUAAAGUGAUUUUUAAAAUGUAGAGUUAGACCAAAGAUUUUGUAUGGUCAGUGGUUUGAACUGUUGAAAAUGGCAUUUAAGUUCCACCCCAUAUGAGCGUAACUUUCUAUAAACUAUAUAACCAUAGCCUAGCACCAUUUUAUUCAAACUUGCCAUCUCCAGGGUUGUAAAUACAUCUUGUUACUCCACAAGUAGACUCAACUUUGCUUCGUCAUCUCUGCAUGUUAUCAGAGGGCCAGAGAAAAUAUUAUUCUUUGCCAUGGUGUGCAGUGACUGGCAUAUAAUUUUUGUUUGCUCUAUAAUCAGGCAAGCGCAUUAAACACAAUAAUAAAACAGUGAAAUGGAAGAGGAUGAAGCCUGUGUUUUGAGUUUAUCAGGAGAUGUUGGAGUUGUACACACAUUUUACUCUCUUGUUUCCUCAGUUUUGAUUGCUUUCUUUCCUGAGGUAAAUUGUUUGCCUCCCUCUUUAUUUGUUUUGGAAUUUGGAGUCUUAUUUGACUCACAACCUUCUUUCAGACUGGUAUGAAAAUCGCAAUGAAUGCAAAGGGCUUUCCCUUGCUGAAGCAUUGCUCAUAAAAUCAGAUUGCCCUCAGUGCGUAUGCAUGAAGAUCAAGACGUUUUACCCUGGGGUCGCUUUUAUGGAAAGCACCCAAUAUCUGCCCCCCAUAUCUGACCUCUGUGGGCUCAGAGGAGCUGCACGGGUGAGCAAAAUGGUCAGGGCAUACGGCAAGUUCGGUGUCUACUGACAGACAUUUGUGACUGAUUUUGUCUGACAUAGGGAAUAAAGCGGUAUCCCAGAAAGGUAUUUUCGGUGUUGCCAUAAGAUAGGAUGCCAUUUCAGUGACGGAAUCAACAAAACAGCUGUCAGCCACCAACGGGCAUAUUCUGGCUUUUGCGAUCACAGUCCAGCUUCUUAGACUGUGAUGGGGUUGUUAUUCGUUUUGUAUUAUUUCUCUUUAACACUUAACGUAAUCCAACAAAGGAGUUCAGUAAGGUCAUAUUACACUCCAAGCCUGGAAAGUCCCUUCUGAAAAAUACAGUAGCCUCCUGCUUAGAUACUUUUGUCUGAAAAAAGAUCAUGUUAAGAUUGUAAAACAAUGCCUGAGAAGAAACCAGUUCCUUAUCUGUCACUCACUCGAUGUUGUGUCGAUGUAGUGACACUAGGAGUCACUCCUGGGAGCCCAAGACACCUCUGGUCUUUGAUAAAAGGCCAAUGAAAAUUGGCGAGUGGUAUUUGCGUGCCACUCCCCUAGACAUACGGGUAUAAAAGGAGCUGGUAUGCAACCACUCAUUCAGAUUUUCUCUUCGGAGCCAAACGUCAUGCUCAUUGAGCUGAAUACUACUGUUCAUUCACCGCUGCUGGAUCUGACGGCGCAUUUCAGCGGCUUCUCCCUCCUCUGCACUGGUGCACUGCAGAGAACGCCCCUGGGCGCUUCGGCAGAAAAACAAGAGAGUAUAUUUUCUGAAAGAGCUUUUCCUCCUCUAAAAGAGUAUAUAUUUCUCUAAAAGAGCGGCACACACGGAACGUCUUUUAAAGAUGCCUUUCCGAUUGUGUGUUAUUCCCCCCGCGGACCUCCCAUUCCCCAGCACGCUCGUCUGCCCCAAUCAGGCCCGGAUGAGUUCGCUGGCUCGUCUCACGGUGAGUCUGGCUUCUUGUUCGGAGCCCGCGAAGAAGAUGAGCUCUUGAGCGCAGCAUCAGAGAGCGGGCUUGUCCAGUCAGACGCAGAAGCCUCAGCUGGGCUUCCCCCUUCGGGGAAGAUUGCCCAGUCACAGGCCGAUGCCGAAAUGACGGACAUGCUUUCCUGGGCGGCUGCGAGCGUCGGGUUAGAGCGGAACCCUCCUCGUGGCUUGAUGAUUGGUUCCUGGGCUCGCAGCGCCGCUCAAAGCAGCCACGCCCCGCUCCAGUGCUAUUCUUCCCGGAAGUGCACAAGGAGCUGACGAAGUCGUGGGAGGCACCUUUUACUGCCCGGCCCCUAUUCCGCAGUUCCCCCGCUCUCACUACCCUCGAUGGCGGGGCGGCCAGGGGCUAUAUGGUGAUUCCCCCGGUGGAUAAGGUGCUCACGGUGCACCUAUGCCCGCAGAGCACCGCCACCUGGCACGGACGCCCUAAGCUCCCGUCCAAGCCCUGUAGGCUCACGUCAUCCCUGACGGCUAAAGCCUACAGCGCUGCCGGACAAGCCGCCUCUGCCCUGCACGCCAUGGCUCUCCUGCAGGUCCACCAAGCCAAGGCGUUGAAAGAACUGCACGAGGGUAGUUCAGCCCCAGAUUUGAUGCAGGAACUGUGCUCGGCGACUGACCCUGCCACGGCGCGGUCGAGUUUUCGGAGAGAUUCGCUGCCGGCCCAGUACACGCGCUAACUAAGAGUCCUGUUCUGGGGUAGGUGCUCCGCAUGUGGCGGUUCCCUGUAAGGCUAACCCCAUGCGAUAUGUAUCUUCUGCUAAUUCGUUUCCCUGUUGGCAAACAGCGUCUUCCUUGGGCAGAGCCCCUCUGCCCCAGUCUCCAUGUUUGUAGUAACUCCUCCCCCAUUGGGCAGGAUCUACCUUGAAGGUUCUCCACAUGGUUGGAAAGACCAUGUGACAUAUCCUUCCAUUUAAAUAUACCCCCCUCUCUUAAGGCGAGGUGUGGUCUCCGCUGUGUCUUCCCCUUGGAAGGGACAUCCCCCGACUAGACCUAGCGGCCCAGUCGGAUAAUCCCCCUUCUUUUUUAGGGAGUGGAAAAGAGAAGGGGAAAAGAGGCCACGACUGGGUUAAGCCUGUCUCUAUCUUUGGGUAGUCGACUUGUCCCCAAAGGGCCGUUCGACACUCAUAACUAUGUUGGGGGAGGUUACGUGUCGACCUGGUGUGCUGGCUAUGAGGUGUAAUUUCCUGACAAAUCCAACCCAACAGCUCUAAAAAAAAAUCUUUUUUGUACACUUACAUGGAUUUUUUUUUAUGUACUCACUCAAUAAUUAUGUUUUGUAAAUUGUAACCAAAAAAACAUUCAAAGUGCAGCUUUUAUUACAAAAAAUAAUGCUGGAACUAAAUUCAGCAUAUUUGCAUAAAAGGCUCAGCCACAUUUUUUGAUAGUUCAUCUGAUCAGCUAAGGAAAUGUUCCACAAACACCUGAUAACCAUAAAGCGUUCAAAUUUAAGCAGAUACAUGGGUUGAUACACCAUUUCAUUGUUAUUUUUUGGUCACACUUUAUAUUAGGUGGCUUUAAUUACUAUGUAAUAACAUUAAAUGCAUACAAUACUUUGUAUUUACUGUGUAAAUACAUGUUGUUCUGCAAAAUGCCACAUUUGCUGUUACUGAGGUUGAGGUACGGGUAGGUUUAGGAGUAAGGGUUGGGUUAGGGGUCAAGUUAAAUGUAACUACAAAUGUAAUUAAAUGCAAGUACUUUAAAUGUAAUUACAAUGCAACAACAUGUAUGUACAUAAUAAAUACAUUGUAUCAAAUGGUUAAUUACAUAGUAGUUAAGGCCACCUAACAUAAUGUGGGUCCUAUUUUUAUUCUGUGUCGCUUUCUUCUGUACUAAAAGCACAACUUAAUUUUGGGAGGUUGAGAGAUUGCUGCUAUAAAGACUUGGGAUAAAAUGGUGCUAGAAGACCUUUUAUUUCUUUCGUUUAUGUCAAAUGUGUGUGCAUGUGCUAAUGCAUAGCUUUCCUAAUUAGAAGAGCUCCCUGCAAAGAAAUCGAACCACCACCCGUAAAAAUGACGAUAUUUGAGGCACCAUCUGGGGCUCUUCACUUGCCCCAAACUUUCUGUUUGUGUUCUUCCAGACUUCCUUUAAAGGAGCCUUACAUAGCUUAUUUAUGUACUCAAGGAACUUUAAUAAAAUUUGAAAUAAGAAGAGUCAGGUGGAACAGUCUGUUCAUUAUACUGUACGUGAAUCCUUUUCUUACUGAAGCUGCGUGUGGACAUUCUGUACACUUUCUACGGCAAUCCCGAAGGGAUAAACACACGUGUGUUUGUGUGUGUGUGAUAGACUGAAGAGAGCGAGAUCUCAGAAAAACAGUCAGUGGGUGUGACACUUGGACAAAAUCUAGUUGUUUUGUACCAGCUAGUGAGACGGCAGUUUUAAUGUACUGUUAUGAGAAGGAUUUUUGACCAACGAGAGUUGGACAGGGAUGCAUCAGGGUUACUUGCCGCAAUGUUGGAGAAAUGGAAACCAAGCAAUUGACAGAAUGUCAUGUUCCUUUGUCGCGCUUGCGGCUGGUGAGGAGAAAAACUGUUUUUAAAACUUUUUUUAUUAAAUGACAUGCAGAAAAUGUCCCUUUUACCUGUCCGAUAUCACUGAAAUAGGUGCCAUGAAAUGUCACGCACUGAAAAAAUGACGAGUAAGAUUUACUUAAUAUUUAAAUGUAUAAAAUUAAGUAAAAUCUACAUCAUUUUGUCAAUAAUGACUAAAGUGAGUAAAUUAAACAAACACCUCAGUUAAUACAGUAACUUUUACUUAGAAAUCUGAAGUACAUGGUAUUUAAAUAUGCUUAGGAAAAUUGAAAUAUGAAUUAUAACAUUUUACUAGAACGUUUCACAUUUUGAACUUUCGCUGAUGCAACUGUCUGCCCUGAUUAAUCUGUAAAUCCAAUAUAUCAGCCGACCUCUGGUGUGUCUGUGUGUGUGUACACGUGUCUUUGGAGUGCAGGGUUUUGAAAAGGGGCAUGACUAAUACAACGGCAAGUCUAGUGGAAGUUCCAGAACAGCUAAAAUCGCUUACAGCACCAACACGGAAAAGAUACUUCUUAUCAUGUGUUGCAGCGUCGCGUCAUGUCUGGUAAAGACACAGUGUUUAUGAUGGGGUUACUGAAGGAUAAAUUUAAUGUCCUUAGAGUUCUUUAGAGUUCUUUAAGGAACUUAGGCCCAUCCAAACUAAUACGUUUUUGCUUAAAAACACAUUAACUUACUACGUUUAUGCCUCUCAUCCAUACUAGAACGAUGUUUUCCACCACCGAAAACAGCAUUUCUGCAUGCUUUGUAAAAUGAUGACGUUAGUAAAUUGAAAAUAAUUAUUUAUGACUACAUUUUUCCCCAAGAACCAAAACGGUGUUUGGAGUUGCCUGUGUGGCACCCAAAUGGUGUCUCAAGUAUCUUGUCAUUCUUACAGUAUGAAGUGCCGUUAGAGAUUUUUCAAAGAUUGCAUCUCAAACAACCACUUAACACACAUGAAACUAAGAAUUCAAAUCAAGGUCGUGAAAAAGCAAAUUUGAGUAAAUUUUUUAGAAAUCCAUUCUUGCAUAAAUUGUUGCAUUAAAUUGAAUGUGAUCAUCUACACAAGAAUGGUUGUAAUCUGCAUGUUUUUUAUGAAGAAGGCCCAUGUAGUUUCCCUUGCCAUUUUUGCCAUAUGCAGGACAGUGCAAAUAUAUGUUGCUGUAACUCAUCUGGUGAGCGUAGCACUAGAUACAACAAGGCCAUUGGUUCGAUUCCCAGGGAACACACGAACUGCUGAACAUGUAAUGAGCUUGAAUGUAAAGUAUUCGCCAGAUGCAUACAGUAGUACACAAACACUGGACCUCCUGUAACGAAUUUGUGCCUUAGUCUUGUAUUAUAUUUACUCAGUUGUCUAGGGACUGUUUUAAAACAAUAGAGUUAUUGUUGUAGCAACCUACCUUUUUGUACAUUUCCUUCCUCAUUGUGUUUGAUUUGUACAUCAUUUGUUUUAUGAGUCUUUUGGGAAACAACGCAGGUAAAAUUUCUCCAUUGAUGUUUUAUUUGUUUUGGAUGAGUGUGACAUUCUCAGUCAGUUAAAAAGAAAUUAAGGAAGCAGAAAACAGCUUGCACUCUUCAGAGUAAUUUAUUUUCCAUACUCUUUUUCAUAAACUCAUCAGAUUUUAACAAAAUAAAUAUUGACGCAAUGUUGCCAGCUUCAGAUCGUUCUCCCCUUCACUCUCCAAAAUUAGAUACAUUUGAAGUGUUGUUUUAGUAGUUUAAAUAUUCUUUACCUUUGUUCUUUUUAACAUAUUUUCAUGAUAAACCAGCUAAAUGUUAUUAAAUGUAAUGUCAUUCUGUUAAUGGCUUAGUCUUAACAAUGCUGUAAUAAAGAGUGAACAACACUGUA